AUGGCCAGGCCAAAAAGGACAAAGGCCGGAGCCGGAGGAGCCUACAGUCAGGGUUCUGCUGCCUUUGUCGUGGCAACACGGCAAUCCCGCGCGAAUCAACAGGGAGUUAAUCAUGCAUAUAAUGCCUUCCCAUAUGCUGGCUUUAGGAAAGCACCAGAUGAGGUUCAUCUUACCAUGGCCCAGGAGGCUCGCAAUACAGAGCGCUAUACUAGCCGAAGAAGUAACCUCAAUCUACGGUACAAUGAAAUAAGAUUUGUCAGCGCUGGUGAUUUGGUACAGGAGAGCCUCGAGGUCCCGAAUGCACAUGAUAUAACAAAGGCCCCGAACGUAGACCCACCGAGUACGAUGGGCGAGAGAGAUCUGGAGUCGGAAUGUCGAAAGUGGUUAAAUAACACAGUGGAGGUGGAAGCGGAUCAGGCCGGAGCAGAGGAGGAGAGAGGAGUAAAAGAGGCUGGAGAAAAAGUCGAAGGAUUGCUAGAUGCCGACCGGGACUCCCAGGAUAUAUUUUUCAUAGAUCGCGAGGGAGAGGAUCCCGCGGAGAAUAUGCGAAGUGAAAAUUCCACUGUAGCGCUUAACGUGUGCAUGACUGCUCUAUCAGUUUCCAGUGAAGAUGAGGUGGUCUUCACAGGAAGGGGAAACCGAUCCCAACGGCCUCCGGUUCACCGCAGCCAGAAUCUUAAUCCAAGUCGCCAACAUGGACCCUCGAUCCUGGAUGAUCCAUUCAUCCCGAGUUGUUGGGAUGAUGGAGAUGACUAUGAAUCGGUGAUUUCCGGCCCGGAGUCUGCGUCUAAUAACGAAUCGGAUCCGGCAAUAAUCCAUACCUCCGAGUCAACCCUACUGCAUCCAGCCGGGCCCCCCGAAUUUAUUAACCUCAACGAAAAGGAAAAGCGUUCCCACGCGCGUAAACCAAGAAGACGAAGAUCGCGCUGGGAUUCUGAUGAUUCGGAGAUCCUGGCUGAUUAUAUCGCGAACAUGAUGGAUGAUAACACCAGUGAUGAAGGCGAAGAUGAAGGCAAAGAUGCUGGGAUAGGUCAGGUUCACGUUCAGAACCAGAAUAAAUCUAGCCAUUCCAGCACGAAGUCAUGGAAUUCUGCGGAUCUUGAAGACUUGAAUGAUCUCAGCUCCUCCGAUGAACUCCCGGACGAGAUUGGACGCAUCUUUUCUAUGAGGGAAAAGGGCAAAAGUAUUCAAUACUUGCUUACCGGCGUGGGCCAGAGUGUUGACAAAGCGCGUUGGAUUCGAAAGGAGCUUCUUACAAUGCCUAGCGCGUCCGAAUUGAUUCGACGCUUCGAAGAAAACGUCGCCUUGAUUGAACCACGGCGCGAGAAAGUAUCCGAGCCUUCGUCGGAUCCUGGCGAAGAAGAAGAAGAAGAAGAAGAAGAAGAAGAAAAAGAUGGUGAUGAUGAAGAUGAUGAUGAAGAAGAGUUUGAUCAAGAUUUACAUGACGGUAUGAAACAAGAUUUGAAUGAUGAGCAGAUGGCUCGUCUACUUCAAACUCAAGACUCGUUUGGGUUGGGCACCGAUGAUUUCUUACUCCUCGAUGGGAAUGGAGGCUUUGGUGGCUUCGACAAUUUCUCCAGACCAAAAUUCUCGUACGGGUCAUCAUUAUCCAAACCGAAAAAGCGACGAAACCGAAACGGGCAUUUCCCCUCCGCCUCAGCUUUCGCAGACGCUCUCGAUAAAGAUCCAUACGGUGGAUUCGACGUUAUGGAUUUCGAUCGUCCAAGCUUAAGGAAGAAACCAAAGGGCCGCCGCCAUGCGCAUCAGUACGACUUCGACCUUUCUGAUAGCGACUUGGUGCGUGAACUGCAAGCUUCCUGGGAAAACGACCGAAACAAGAAGAAAGCAAAAAAGCAGGAGCGCGAGGAACUAAGGGCACAGGGGCUUUUGGGCACAAAAUAUGGAAAGAUAGAUAUGAAGGCGAAAUAUACGGAAGGCAUGAGCAUUGAUGAUGUCAAGCUGGAAAUAAGGGCCUUCCUAGCAUCCUCUUCCCAGAGCCUUUCACUGCCCCCAAUGGACAAACGAAACCGCAAACUUGUCCAUGAGAUCGCAAACAUCCUUUUACUCAAGUCGAUAUCGCGCGGUAGCGGCACCUCGCGCUUCCCAAUCCUCACCAAGACAUCCCGCACACCCACCUUGGAUAGCCAAGCAGCCGUCCACCGAGUCGAUAGAAUCUUCUCCAGUGGGCGCUUCAUGCGGCGGAUGGAUAGACCCUCACGAGGUGACGGUGGUGGCUUUAAGCCGGUGGCCAAGUCCCGUGGUGGUGGCGGUGGUGUGAAAGCUGCUUCGUACAUGGAUGGCGACGUGGUUGGGGCGUCAGCGCCGGAGAUCGGGGCCGGGAAUAAAGGCCGCGCGAUGCUUGAGAAGAUGGGGUGGAGUACCGGGACGGCGUUGGGCGCCGUUAAUAAUAAGGGAAUUUUGCAUCCUGUUGUGCAUGUGGUGAAGAAUUCAAAGGCUGGGUUGGGUUAG